AUGAAAUACACAGUGAUCCCACGAGGGAUGCUGCAAAAAAUUGAAAGUGUGUAUUGGGAAAUGGUAUGGGACGGCAAGAAAACGGGCCUCAUCAGAAGGCAUGAGGCUAUCACUAGCAACCUCAAGGGAGGACUAGGAUGCCGGGAUUUUAAAAGUAUAAUGGACGCAGCGGCUAUCAAGACCAUAGCGAGAGCCAGGUCAGAAUCUGCACCACCAUGGGCUAUAUUGGGAAGCUAUAUGCUUAAAAAUACACAAGUUAGGACGCUGUCAGUACGCCAAAAUUGGUAUACAGAUCCGUGGUUACAAGACGUGGCAGCAAGACCUCCGAAGCCUCCAGACAGCCUGCUAAACAUCCUCAACACUUGGAGGGGAUUCAUAAAGCAAGCUCUGAGGGGCACAGGUCCGAUGUGUUUUGGAGUACCUAACACCAGAACGGAUUAUAAUUCGAUUAAAUUUUGGUACCACCCACAAAUCAAAUCAGGCCAAGGUGUAGGAGCUAGGCGAUUUGCGAGUAAAGCAUGGACCCAAAUAUCGGAGACAAAUGCUAAUACCAUGGGUGAUCUCGAGAAUAUACUCUUGAGAAAUCAAAAUUGGUCUAAUAGGGAGUGGAAAAACAUCAAGAAAACUAUAGAAAAUUUACUUGAUGACAUUCCACAAGCUUGGAUAAAUGCUAGAAAUAGCACCGGAUCUGAACACACAAACACUGCUGGCCAAAUAUUACUAAACAUGGCUAAGCCAACAUUAGUGGGAUCAUUUGCCAUGUGUUACAGUGCAUGCAAGAGAAAUAACGGGGGUAACGCCCCUGCGAGGUCCGCUCUGCUCAUGGAGACCUUGCAGGAAGCUAGAAAAAUCACCGGCUGUUUAACAUCUGAAAAGCAGCUCUGGGCAGCUCUAUGGAAUACUUCCUUGACACCCAAAACUUGCGAUUUCAUAUGGAGAUUACUACACAAUCUCAUCCGUGUCGGGGAGGAUUUGGGAUGGCUACCAGAGGAAAAGAAAUCAUGCCCCUAUUGCCGAUCUAGGCUUAACAUUAGCCAUAUCCUACUUCAUUGCCCUGGUUGCAUACCUGUAUGGACUUGUAUAGGAAAUAUAGGUACAAAACUAGGGCAAGAAUUUACCGUUCAUCCGAAGUCAAUAGCACAACUCAUUGCAUUGAUUUAUGCUAGCCCCGGGGAUACUCCUAAUGCUAAAGGUAGAGGCCAGCUCCUCACCUCACUAGUAAUUUGGAGCCUCUGGAAGAAUCACCUUCGUUGGUCGAUUGAUGGUCAUCUCGAUGCUAUUACACCUGAAAAUACCAUCGGAUUAGCAAUUAAGCAGCUCACAUCUUGUUUUCACAGGGACCGUGUCAUAAGCAUGACAUAUAGGUACACUGGACACAAAAUGACCGCUACGAAAUUCCGACAUUACUGGGGUAUUGAGCCAUGGAAGGUAUCAACUUUCCAUCGCCCAUGGUUCAUACCUGAUUAA